AUGAACCCCCAUCAACGAUGGGUUGCCAUUCACGUAUCAUUUGAGUACUCCCUAUGUGUUUUUCCAAAACCAGAAGUACAGGACAAUUGGCCGAAGGGUCCACAGGGAGAACUUCCUCUUCCAAAACGGUUGAAGUCAAUAACACCGCGUGCAUUGAAAUUUUACUCGGAUAUGAUGAGCCAAUGCGAACAGUUUUAG